AUGUCAUGUCGAGCAUCAAACUGGAUAAGCGGUGAGUGCUCUACUGUAAUUGAUAAGUGCCUUGCACAAUACAACAUCAAGGCUCACUACAUUGAAGGGAUCAUGCAGUUUUUAUAUUUGGACAACCCUAAUGAUGGCCUACUACAUCUACACAAAUCAGCAGACGGUGUGUACGUCUCCGGAAGUGUAAUUUAUGGUGUGUUGAUGUUGUUCUUAGGGCAUAUGUAUGAAGGCAAGAAAUAUCUAGAUUUUCUGGAAUGGAAAACAAACAUAAACAGAAUCAAUAAGCCGUGGAGUCGCAUCAAGAAGUCGCUCCGUCGGGUCAACAUCAUGUUACCAAAGGAACAUAAUGAGACUCGAGUCACUGGAAAGCUGACAUGUCAAUGA